AUGGCGAGGAGGAAGAAUCGGAGGUGUUCGCCGUCAGCCGAUGAUCGCGAUGCUGCUCCCGCCGCCGCCGCUCCUCCUCCUUCUCCUCCUACUCCACCUCCGCCUGGAAAUUCCUCUCCUCUGGUGUCGCUCGAGAUGGAAUCCAGCACAAUGCAGGAGAUCACGCGCGUCGUGGGGAGGAUCGUCGUCGACAAGCCAGCUAUCCAAGAAGCGGAGGCGCCGCAGCCGAAGAAAGAUCCACCCGGCGAGCCGCAGAAGCAGCAAAAUGCACAGAUUUCGCAGCCGAUCCAUCGAUCUUCGCAGCCGGCGGAUGGAUCCGGCGGGACGAAUCUUGCCGCGGCUAUGCAUGGCGCUCCAUCGCGAGCAUUGCUCGUCUCUGGGAUCCCGCAGCACAUCGUCGACCCUCUGGUGAUGCAAGAUCUGGAAUCUUGGGGUCCCAUUCGAUCUUUCUUCCUCGGCGCUCGAGCGCAAGGCUGUAUUACGGUCUACUACUACGAUCUUCGCCACGCGCAGGACGCGCUUCUCUCCAUCCGGUCGCAGUACUUCUUCCAGCAGUGUAAUCCGGCUCGUUUCGCGCAGCAUUCCUACCAGAAUCCCCAGAAUCACCAGGCUUUGGCUGGCCCCUCGCAGCCGCCACAGCAAUCUUGCGGCCCAAAGCCAUACGAGCCGGUGAAACACGAGCUGGCCAACAUCGGAUUUGUCACGGAGGAUCAUCUCCAUCGCCAGCAGCAGCAGCAGCCCGAGACGAUCCCUCCUUCUGCUUCCAAGUUUUCUCCCUUUGCGAUUCCCUUCGUCAGCGAUCUCAGCUACAGCGAGGGCCGCGGAUUGAUCGGCGGAUGCCCAGCAUGGGCGGAGUUCGUCACUAUCUCUCCCUCGUAUCCCUUGAUCGAUUCGCCCAACCAGGGGACCUUGGUCGUGUUCUAUCUCCGGAUGAACAUUACUCACGCCGAACUCGCAAGUAUCUUCAAGCAAUACGGUGACGUGAGAGAAAUCCGCGAAGCCCCCAGCAGGAGGAGCAGAUUCGUGGAGUUUUACGACAUACGGGACGCUGCCCGGGCCAAGGAAGCUCUGGACGGGCUCGAGGUAUUGGGACGGCGGAUUAAGAUCGAAUUUAGCAGGCCGUGUCAACCAAGGAACGCCUACAACACCACCCCGGCCUUAUAUCCUUCCUUCGUCCCGUACUACCCGUACUACUACAACGCAAGCUCCGCCACGCCACCGUACCACCAGCACGAUCAAACUACUGAAACGGCAUACUACACGUACGGCCCCUCCCCGCAAUACGAUCACGCCGCCAACACCAGCACUGCAGACACCGCCUACAAUUUUGGAAGAGCCGCCGCAUUCCACUAUUAUGUUCCAGGGGCAUACAACCUUAGUUACGCUCUCGGUACCGGGUACUAUGGCUAUCCAAACUACAGCCACCACCACUACCAGCAGCAACAGCUUUACGGAUAUUACAACCAGCAGCAGCAGCCGCAACAGCAGCAGUACUCCCGGACGUACGCUAGCGCUCCCCCACUGUUGCCGUCACCACGGUUUAAUGCGAGCGUACCUCGUGGAUAUGGUCGGGCUGGACCAGCGGCGGCCUCAGUCACCACCAGGCGGCGCUUUGAGAUCAGCGCUUACAAUCAGCAGCAGCCAGCGUCGCUCAGAACCCGGGACGAGAGCGCUGCCAGUGCCAGUGGCAACCUUGGCGAUGGCAGAGGCUGCAUUGUCAGCUUUUCUUCGGAGCGUAUCUACGAAGAAUCCAAGUGGACUGGUAGGAAGCACAGGGUGGUGAGAAGGAUCGCAAGGGACGAGUCUCAGUACGUUUUCAACACGGGGGAGGAAGAGGAAAGCGGACGUACCACGCUGAUGAUCAGGAACAUUCCCAAUAAAUACAGCCUUCGCAUAGUGAUUCGGGUGCUGGACCAGCACUGUAUCACCUACAACAAUGGCCUGGGAGAGGACGAAAAGGUUUCUGCUUACGACUUUGUUUAUCUCCCAGUGGAUUUCAUGAACAGAUCCAACCUUGGAUACGCCUUCGUUAAUUUCACCACGGUGGUGGCAACCAAAAGGCUGCACAACGACUUCCACGGCCGACGCUGGGAGGAAUUCAAGUCCCGGAAAGGCCGAGAACAACUAGAGGAGCACUUCAAGAACUCCCGAUUUGCCUGUGACACCGACGAGUACUUGCCGCUGGUGUUUAGUCCUCCAAGGACGGGCUUGCAGUGUUCUUCGCCAACGGUGGUGUCCUCCUUGGCCGCGAGAAAGGCCGGGGGCAAGCGUCUGGAGAUUAAGUCACUCGAGAAUUUGCCGACACCAGAUCCAUCGCAGGAGGCGACCGAAGCGCCACAGACAAGCAUUGAUCUCGAGUCGGGAUCCGAGCAGCCGUGGGAGGGCGAUCAGAUUGACGACGACGACGACGAGAACUUUGAGUCUGAGGAUCUGGAAGAAGAGCUGGACGAAGACGAUGACGAUGGUGGAUCCUCGCAGGAUAAUGACGAAGAUGGAGAAGGCAACCAGUGA